GGUACAGUAACUUCUUGCGUUGAUGUACCAAACUUCCAACCUAGACCUAGACAAGAAGCAGAUAUGGAGUGAAAAGGCCAUUCAUAAUUUACCAAGAUUUGUGGCUGGUUACUGAUGCCUGUUGGUUUGGAACCCUUUACAACCAUUCAUCUUUGUUUCCUAUCCCUCACAAUUGGGUAUCAGUCUUGGGCUUGACAACCAGUGCGGGCAAUCAGUCGUUGUUCAACAUACACUCACUUCAACUUUUGUGCAUGAAGCCGUGAAUCAGAACGUUGGCGCGCACUGUUCCUUUCAUCCUGAGAAAACGAACCGUUCAUCUUGUUGGUUCAUUAAAAUUGGCAGCAAAACACACCCACGCACCUCGACACCUUUUAGAGUCAAUACAAUCACUACUGCCUGGAAGACUAUAUUAUUGUCACCAGCAAAAGGACACUUUUUUUCUCGAGCCGCCAUUCAUCGCCUAACACAACUAGAAUCUUUCACUUGUCGGAAGAGUUUCAACAUCAUCAAAACGAUUAAAGAUAUUCCAUUUACGUAUACGUCUGGUCUGAGAAUAAUAAAGUUCUUUUCAAAACUCCAAUCAUGGCAUCACAAAAACGAGUACAAAAGGAACUUGCAGACUGCAUGACCAACCCUCCACCGGGCAUGACAGUCAGCCUGCCGUCGGACGCCGACAUCUUCACGUGGCACGUGACGCUGGCCGGCCCCGCCGACACGGCCUACGCAGGCGGGCAGUACGGCUUGGUGGUGAAGCUGCCGGCUGACUAUCCUUUCAAGGCGCCCAUCAUCACGUUCGCCACGCGCAUCUACCACCCAAACGUGACCAACGACUCGGCCGGCAACAUUUGCAUCUCGGCCCUCAAACCGGAGAACUGGAAGCCCGCCAGCAAGCUGCUCGGCGUGCUCGAGGCCGUCAGGAGCCUGCUGGUCGAGCCCAACCCGGACGACCCCCUCGAGGCUAGGAUCGCCGAAGAGUACAAGUCCAACAGGCCAGAGUUUGACAAGAACGCAAAGAGCUACGUCCAGAGGUACGCAAAGGGCCCGCCGACCUUUGCGGCUCCGCAGGCUGAGGUGGCCAAGGAGUCCAAGUGAAGCCCGGGCUGUGGUGUUUGUGAGCUUUGGCAUGUUUACCCAUGGGAUCGAGGGAGAGGCAGGUAGAGUGGUGCUGUAAUUCGACGACUGUUCAUGGUUUGACCUGGCGUUGAUUUGGCCCGUGGGUAACAAUGUUUGCUUGAUUUGAAGUGAAUCCAACAGCACGCAAAAUAAAAAAUAAAAUGCGUCUUCACAGCAUUGAAAAAAAUGUAUUAUUUUACUAAAGAAAGCCAGGUUUCCCAGGCUCAAUAUUUCAGAAAACCACAUGUCUUACUGACCUUCCGUCAAAACCCUGGUCCAGUCAAAUUUCCU